CAUGUACAUUUCUUGCACAAAACAGAAAAGAAAACCAAAGUUAAGACACAGGAGCGCGAGCAGCCGCCGUGUCGUCACUCGUCCUGUACUCCGCGGUGAUGAAGAGCUUCAGCGGAUCACGAGCCGCUCUUCACUUACUCAGAAGAGACCUGCAUCAUCAUCAUCAUCAUCACUGUGUGGGGAUAAUAGGUGCACCUUUCUCUAAAGGACAGCAGAGAGAUGGUGUGCAGAGAGGAGCGGACCUCAUUCGAGCUGCUGGAUUGGUGCAGAAACUUAUAGGGGAAGGUUGUGUAGUGAAGGAUUAUGGGAAUCUGACUUUUGAGGAGUUUCCCAAUGACGAGCCAGUUGGCAGGCUGAAGACUCCGAGAGCAGUCGGCCGUGCCAAUGAGCUGCUCGCAGGAGCUGUGCAGAAGGUCAAGAGCCACGGAAACACUUGUGUGAUGCUGGGAGGAGAUCACAGCUUGGCGAUUGGCUCGAUCUUUGGUCAUGCCGCCUCAAGACAUGAUUUGAGUGUUUUAUGGGUGGAUGCACAUGCAGACAUCAACACACCUUCAUCCACGUCAACGGGAAACAUUCACGGCCAGCCACUGUCGUUCCUCAUCCAUGAACUGCACUCAAAGAUUCCCAUAAUUCCAAAUUUUUCAUGGUUAAAACCUUGUGUAGCAGCGAAGGACGUCGUCUACAUUGGGCUCAGAGAUGUGGACCCGGGAGAACAUUAUAUCCUGAAGGACCUUGGAAUCAAAGCCUUCUCCAUGACAGAAGUUGAUCGGCUUGGAAUUGCAAAAGUCAUGGAGCAGACAUGCGAUCACAUGUUUUCAAAGGUGAAAAAACCCAUCCACCUCAGUUUUGACAUUGAUGCGCUGGACCCAUCAGUGUCACCUGCAACAGGCACACCUAGAGCGGGAGGACUGACCUACAGAGAGGGCAUUUACAUCACUGAACACAUCUGUCAGACAGGACUUCUCUCUGCUGUAGACAUGGUGGAAGUGAACCCAAAACAGGGCAAAACAGAAGGCGAAAUUAAAUCAACAGUAAAUGCUGCUGUGGAUCUGUUAUUGGGCUGCUUCGGAAGGGUCCGUGGGGGGUCUCAUGAUCCAGAUUACAAAAUGCCAAAUCCAUAAAUCACAGGCUUUAUUUUUUUAUAUAUGUAUUUACUGUCAUCAUUAAAAAGAAUUUAAAACUAGAAUUCCCAUUUAUUUUAUUCCUGUAUAUAAAUGAAUUCCAAAUAUGAUGAUACCACAGUAUACUGUAUAUGCAGAAAAUACAAAGCUUACUGUUUGAGUAUUUUUUUUCCAGAGGCAACAUAAUUGUAAUUAAAAGUAAAAAAUAUUUUAAAAUAAUAUAAAUGUUUUCCAAAAUGUUAUUUUUUAUUCAAGUGGCAUAUUUUAUUGUUUAUCUAUUAUAUUAAUAUUACUGUCUGACAAUAUAAAAGAAAUGUAACCACUUUAGUAAAACGCUUUAUUUUAAAUCUCGCUAGUUAAGUAUGGCUUUAUAAGAAAAACACGCACAAAAUUCUUAAAAUUAUUAUAAGACUAGCACAGAACAUCUUCAGUUUGCCUCGUAUAAAGACAGUAAAGAUGUUCACAGACUGAAUCACAGGCUUUAUUUUUGUUAUUUUGGCUUUUUGUUAUAUAAUUUUUACUUGAUGUAAUCAAAUAGGCGCUCAUGUCAUGCUGAGUUUAAAAACUGAAUUCUAAUUCAGCUGUACAUAAAGUACGUUUGUUUUUCCAGAGGCACAUCAUUACAAAAAAAAAAAAAAAAACUGUUGUAGGUUAACAAUAAACAACUAAAACUAGAACAAUACAGUAUAAAUAUAUUUUAAAACAAUCACAAUGUUUCCCACUAAAUUCAUACAAGAUGCAAAUUUGAAUCAUUUUUGUAGAAAAAUAUAUUAUUUUGUAAUUUUUCUAUUAUAUUAGUUAUUGUGUCUCUGACACUCUCCGAGUCACCAGUCAUCUGCUCAGGUGUCAAUCAACCACUGCAAUAAAACAUCAGCAGUUUAGAACAAGAGUGUUUAAACUACUUGCACUUUCUUAUUUACUUUUAAAUGUGAAUUUAAAUUGUCAAAAUUAAACCAUAAAUUUUUUACCUUUGGAAUGCAUGAUGUAGGGUGUAAAAAU